CUGUGGACACAGUAUAGGAGAGGACCAGAGACCAGACAUACUACAGGAGAUGACCAGAGACUGCAGACAGUACAGGAGAUGACCAGAGACUGCAGACAUACUACAGGAGAUGACCAGAGACUGCAGACAUACUACAGGAGAUGACCAGAGACUGCGGACACAGUACAGGAGAUGACCAAAGACUGCAGACAGUACAGGAGAUGACCAGAGACUGCGGACAGUAGUACAGGGGAUGACCAGAGACUGCGGACAGUACAGGCGAUGACCAGAGACUGCGGACAGUACAG